UAGUCUUUUCGAUUGGAGAAGACACUCUCUCUCUCUCUCCCCAGCUUCGCUGUUGAGUUUUAUGAACAGAGACCACUUGCUUUCACAUCCGCAUCACUCCAAAAAUUUCCAGGCGGUGCUAUUUUGUAAUUUUUUUUUGUCAAAGAAAAAACUUCAAAUCUGUACGAGAGCACUAACUGAUUUUAGGGCUUCUGUUUAAAAUAAUGCUCAGAUUCUUUGUUGCCCUCUCCCACCAUUAAAAUAUUUAUCGGCUUGUCGGUAAUCAUUUUGGCUUAUUCUAUAUUUCUCUCUCUGUCCUGUUGUCUGAAAAACCCUAAAAAAAUCAUUUCCUCAAUGAAUUUACAGAUGGGUUGAUAGAUGCACGCAUAGCCCACAUAUACAAACUUGUGAUCCGAUCUGCCUUUAUCUAAAUUAUCUUCUGGGUAUCGACAUUUCCGGUUUGUUUAUGCUACUCCACAUACGUUCAUGUCGAUUUGAUUGAGAUUCGGUCUGCAAUUUCGGUUUUUAUUCUUUCUUAUGUAACCACGUGGAUUGCUUCUCCAGGGUUUGUCCUGGGUUUUCCCCCUUUUGUUUUCUGGGAACUUUUUUUUAGGGGAUCGAGGAACCUAUAUAGAAGUUCGUGGGUCCAAAUAUCUCGUAGGUUUGAAUUGUAGAUAGUGUGAGAAUAGGGAUCUAUUUGAUAAGAACAACAAAAAAGGUGAUCUGCAUCGAGAUAAAACAAGUUUCUGCCUUUUGUCCGGUUGAUUGGCUCCAGGCAGAAUAACUUGGGUGAAGUUAGGGUUCGCUUUUAUCAUCUUUGAGUUGCUUUCUUCUUUACUUUCGAGUCUCUGUGUUGGUUUUAAGCUUUCCGCUUCUGGGUUUUGUGUCAUUUGCUGGGUUUACUGUCACUGGCCGAGUGGAGUCACCAUAGUGGAAGCGAGUCGACAAGGCGUUACGGGUGAGAAACUCGCGUUGGUUUGACGAAGAGACGAUCCUUUACUGGAAAAAAAGGUUUUUUUUUUUAUGGGCGAGGAAAGAGACAAGAACUAGUUUGAAAGUGGAGUUCGGUCUUACGAAACAGCUGUUGACUGAGUUGAUGAGCUUUUCAGUGAGCAACCAACAAAGGUAAUAGGCAUUAGAAUUUUUCACCUUUUUAUAGAGUUGCUGAGAUGGGGGGUCAGUGCUCUAAGCUCGGUCCAUGUUGCCUGAAUUCUUCUCACAAAACGGCAGUUCUUGAAGCUCCUGAUGUUGAAAAUGAAGAGAACAAUGACCUUACUGAUGUCCCCGCCUUCCAUGAAUACACCCUUGAACAGCUUAAAUUCGCCACUUCUGGCUUUGCAGUGGAGAACAUUGUGUCUGAGCAUGGAGAAAAAGCUCCAAAUGUUGUCUAUAAAGGGAAGUUGGAGAAUCAGAAGAGGAUUGCUGUUAAGCGUUUUACACGAAUGGCUUGGCCUGAUGCUCGUCAAUUCCUGGAGGAAGCAAGGUCGGUUGGUCAGCUCCGUAGCCAAAGACUGGCCAAUUUACUUGGCUGUUGCUGUGAAGGCGAUGAGAGGUUGCUUGUAGCAGAAUUUAUGCCCAAUGAUACAUUAGCUAAACACCUGUUUCAUUGGGAAACACAGCCUAUGAAAUGGGCCAUGCGGCUGCGGGUUGUUUUAUACCUUGCUCAAGCUCUUGAAUACUGCACAAACAAAGGGCGUACACUUUAUCAUGACCUUAAUGCUUACAGAGUCUUAUUUGAUGAGGAAUGCAAUGCUAGACUUUCAAGCUUUGGCCUGAUGAAAAAUAGUCGGGACGGGAAAAGUUACAGCACAAAUCUUGCAUUCACCCCUCCCGAGUAUCUACGAACGGGGAGAAUAACUCCGGAGAGUGUGAUAUAUAGCUUUGGCACACUUCUACUUGAUCUUCUUAGUGGAAAACAUAUUCCUCCGAGCCAUGCCCUUGAUCUGAUACGUGAUCGGAAUCUUCAGACGCUGACUGAUUCUUGCUUGGAUGGACAAUUUUCGGAUAGCGAUGGGACGGAGUUAGUACGACUGGCUUCUCGUUGUCUGCAAUAUGAAGCUCGUGAGCGCCCAAACGCAAAAUCGUUGGUUGCUGCAUUGACACCACUUCAGAAGGACAUUGAGGUUCCAUCGCAUGUUUUAAUGGGAAUGCCUCACAGCGGUUCAAUGUCUCCUCUAUCGCCUCUGGGUGAGGCUUGUUCAAGAAGGGACCUCACUGCCAUGCAUGAGAUCUUGGAGAAACUUGGAUACAAAGACGAUGAAGGAGUUGCAAAUGAGCUGUCGUUUCAGAUGUGGACUGACCAGAUGCAGGAGACAUUGGUCUUGAAGAAAAAAGGGGAUGCCUGUUUCAGACAGAGAGACUUUAGAGAAGCAAUUGAGUGCUACACCCAGUUCAUUGAAGUGGGGAUGGUGUCUCCAACGGUAUUUGCACGCCGGAGUUUGUGUUACCUGAUGAGCGAAAUGCCGAAAGAAGCAUUAGAAGAUGCAAUGCAGGCUCAGGUCAUCUCUCCUGUUUGGCACGUCGCUUCCUAUCUCCAGUCUGCUGCUCUUUCUUCCCUUGGAAUGGACAACGAAUCUCAAAUUGCACUCAAGGAGGGCUCCAACCUUGAAGCCAAGAGAAGUUCACCCCCCCUUCAGAAGUAAAAGAGAGCGCAUUUUCCAGCAUGGGUUCUUGGUGAAAAGAAAACGAAGGGAACUUAUUACCAAGCAAGUACCCCCGGGGGUUUAAAUCUGAAGCAACGGAAGGAAACAUGCAAAGAGAAGAGAAAGAAAGCUAUCCAUGUCUCCUCAAAUGGUGAAAUAUUUUUUGGAAGUGGCAUCCUUGUUUUCUUCAGCGAAGAGAGAGAGGAGUGAUGGGUGUUGGUGUUUUGCUCUUCUUUUUGCCUCUUUUUACAGGGCACUGAAGGAGUCCUUUCCUGCAUUUUCUCUUUUGAGGGGUAAUGUUCUAAAAACUUUCAUGGCAAGAAACAGGGAUUUGUUUUCUUCUUUCUU